CACAACCUUAGUCUUAAUGGUAAUCAGUUUAAUUUUGAAGUAGAGGAAAUAUUAAAAGAAAUAAUUCAAAAAAGAUGCGGUUUGUUGGAUACUGGAUCAGAUUCUGGUGAUGGUAUCAUUGAGGAACUUUAUA